CUGUACUUCGCUCCCCUCUCUCUCUCUCUCUCUCUCUCUCGUGAUCGACUCCUUCAAUCUCUCUCCCUGUGCACUUUCUCGUGCAGUGAUCGCAGUCUCUGCUUUCACUGUUUUCUCAUUUUCCACAAUCUUCUCUACCCACUUCACGAGAUUCGUUCUCUUCUCCGUGACCCAUCAAACCUUUCCAAAGUUGCAAUUUUUAUACCUGCUCUGUUUCUUUUGUCACCUCUCCACACACCCACGCCCGGAGGGAUUUAAGACCGGACAAGUAAAAGGAGAGAAGCUGAGAAGAAGUUUGAGGGGGAGAGAGAGAUAGAGAGAGUGAGAUAUGGCGGCUAGGAAUCUGGAAAAGCUUUCUUCGAUCGAUGCUCAAUUGAGGCUGUUGGCACCUGGGAAGGUGUCCGAGGACGACAAGCUCGUCGAGUACGAUGCUCUGCUGUUGGACAGAUUCCUCGAUAUUCUUCAGGACUUGCACGGUGAAGAUAUCAGAGAAACGGUUCAAGAGUGUUAUGAGCUUUCAGCGGAGUAUGAGGGAAAGCAGGAUCCUCAGAAGUUAGAGGAGCUCGGGAAUGUGCUGACCAGCUUGGAUCCGGGCGAUUCUAUUGUUAUCACGAAAUCCUUCUCUCACAUGCUGAAUCUGGCUAAUUUGGCUGAGGAAGUUCAAAUUGCAUACCGAAGACGAAUUAAGUUGAAGAAGGGGGAUUUUGCUGAUGAGGCAUUGGCGACAACUGAGUCAGAUAUUGAAGAAACCUUGAAGAGACUGGUGGGCCAACUGAAUAAGUCUCCUGAGGAAGUUUUUGAUGCUUUAAAGAACCAAACGGUUGAUCUGGUCUUAACAGCCCAUCCUACUCAAUCUGUCCGGAGAUCAUUGCUUCAAAAGCAUGCAAGGAUCCGCAACUGUUUAACGCAGUUGAAUGCCAAAGAUAUUACUCCUGAUGAUAAGCAGGAACUUGAUGAGGCUCUGCAGAGGGAGAUUCAAGCUGCAUUUCGCACUGAUGAAAUUCGGAGAACUCCCCCAACUCCACAAGAUGAGAUGAGGGCAGGAAUGAGCUAUUUCCAUGAAACAAUAUGGAAAGGUGUUCCAAAAUUUUUGCGACGAGUUGAUACAGCAUUGAAGAACAUUGGGAUAAAUGAACGUGUUCCCUACAAUGCUCCUCUUAUUCAGUUCUCUUCUUGGAUGGGAGGGGAUCGUGAUGGAAAUCCUAGGGUAACUCCUGAAGUUACUAGGGAUGUAUGCUUGCUCGCGAGAAUGAUGGCUGCUAAUUUAUACUUUUCUCAGAUAGAGGAUCUGAUGUUUGAGUUGUCCAUGUGGCGUUGCAGUGAUGAGCUCAGGGAACGCGCAAACAUGCUUCACAGCUCAACCAAAAGAGAUGCGAAACAUUACAUAGAGUUUUGGAAACAAGUACCUUCAAAUGAACCCUAUCGCGUUAUUCUUGGCGAUGUGAGAGACAAGUUGUACAACACGCGUGAACGCUCUCGGCAAUGGUUAGCCAAUGGGUUAUCUGACAUUCCGGAGGACACGGCAUUUACCAAUGUCGAGCAGUUUCUGGAGCCUCUUGAGCUCUGCUACCGCUCGCUUUGCUCGUGUGGUGAUCGGUCAAUAGCAGAUGGAAGCCUUCUUGAUUUCUUAAGGCAAGUUUCUACCUUUGGGCUUUCCCUUGUGAGACUCGACAUUCGGCAAGAAUCGGACAGGCACACUGAUGUGAUUGAUGCUAUCACAAAGCACCUGGGUAUUGGUUCAUAUCGCGAAUGGUCUGAAGUACGCAGGCAGGAAUGGCUCUUAUCUGAGCUGAGUGGCAAACGCCCUCUCUUUGGGCCUGAUCUUCCCAAAACAGAGGAAAUCGCUGAUGUCCUGGACACAUUCCAUGUCAUUGCCGAACUUCCUUCAGACAACUUUGGUGCCUACAUAAUUUCAAUGGCAACAUCCCCGUCUGAUGUGCUUGCUGUCGAGCUUCUACAGCGUGAAUGCCAUGUAAAGAAGCCUUUGAGGGUUGUACCGUUGUUUGAGAAGCUUGCUGAUCUAGAGGCAGCCCCCGCUGCUCUGGCUCGUCUUUUCUCGGUUGACUGGUAUAGAAACAGGAUUGAUGGAAAGCAAGAAGUCAUGAUCGGCUAUUCUGAUUCUGGAAAGGAUGCUGGUCGUUUCUCUGCCGCUUGGCAGUUAUAUAAAGCUCAAGAAGAGCUUAUAAAGGUGGCCAAGCAAUUUGGGGUUAAGCUUACAAUGUUUCAUGGCCGAGGAGGAACUGUUGGAAGAGGAGGUGGGCCCACCCAUCUUGCUAUAUUGUCGCAGCCACCUGACACGAUUCAUGGGUCACUUCGUGUGACUGUUCAAGGUGAAGUUAUCGAACAGUCGUUUGGAGAGGAGCACUUAUGCUUUAGGACACUCCAGCGUUUUACAGCGGCCACACUCGAGCAUGGUAUGCAUCCUCCAGUUUCACCAAAACCAGAAUGGCGUGCACUCAUGGAUGAGAUGGCAGUUAUUGCAACAAAGGAAUACCGUUCAAUAGUGUUCCAAGAGCCACAUUUCGUUGAGUACUUCCGCCUCGCCACACCCGAAUUGGAGUAUGGUCGGAUGAACAUUGGAAGUCGUCCAUCAAAGAGGAAGCCUAGUGGAGGCAUUGAGUCACUUCGCGCAAUCCCAUGGAUCUUUGCAUGGACUCAGACAAGGUUUCAUCUUCCAGUGUGGCUUGGCUUUGGUGCAGCAUUUAAGUAUAUCAUUCAAAAGGACAUAAAGAAUCUCCACAUGCUUCGGGAGAUGUGCAAGCAGUGGCCAUUUUUCAGAGUGACCAUUGACUUGGUUGAAAUGGUGUUUGCAAAGGGAGAUCCUGGAAUUGCUGCUUUAUAUGACAAGCUUCUAGUGUCUGAAGAAUUGCAGCCAUUUGGAGAGCGCUUGAGGGCUAAUUAUGAGGAAACUAAGGGCCUUCUUCUCCAGAUUGCUGGACACAAGGAUCUACUUGAAGGAGACCCGUAUUUGAAGCAGAGGCUUCGUCUCCGUGAUGCAUACAUCACGACUCUCAAUGUCUGCCAAGCAUACACCCUGAAACGGAUUCGCGACACCGAUUACCAUGUGAAGCUGAGGCCACACUUGUCGAAAGAGUACAUGGAAUCGAGCAGCAAGCCUGCUGCAGAGCUCGUGAAGCUGAACCCCACCAGCGACUACGCCCCAGGUCUUGAAGACACUCUUAUCUUGACGAUGAAGGGCAUUGCUGCUGGCAUGCAGAACACUGGUUGAGGCUUAUGCUCUAUAUUAGUAUGGUUUGUAAGAAAUGCAUGGUAUUUAGGAGAUCACAGGAACAAAGUAGUGGUCAAUAAAUGAGCCUUGUUUAUGACGGAACCCGCUUUGUAAGCAGCAAAAAAAGUUUUUUUAACUCUUUCUGCUGGCAUUAUGAUAUAUCAUUUAACCUCGAUCUUUA